GCUUGACGUCUUUCAAGCGUGGCCCCCGAUCAGUGCAGAUACUCGUGGCAGCGUGUGCUGUGUACUGUGAGGGUGUCCGAGUCAAGGCUGCUCCGACCAACACAAGCCUGGGUGGGACAGGUUCGCAUCUUCGUUUGCCGAAACGGGCGAGGAUCAAGUAUCUUUUGUUGAGUUUACCUCCCUUCUGCUGACCCUUUUAGUAUUGGUGCAGCCCGCGCAUGUCGAGAAUGGCUACCCAAGCUGACAUGGACGUCUUGGUUUCCAAGCUCGACACGAAGGAUAGCCUUUCCUGGAUUGUGGCAGACUGUCCAGUCGUGGCCGUCUUUGAGAACAUCGCGACGAAAGAGUCAGACUCACUAGGCCAGCCCUCAGACCGGAACGGCUGCAGCGACCUGCUGAGACUGUGGAUAGGCAUGAACGAAGACACUCGCGAGCUCUUUGUAACAUUGACUAUUCGCGUUCGUCCCUCGACGGUCCGAAAAAAGACUCGUCGCCACGGCCGCUUGAUGUUUCUCGUCGUACCAGCAGAGUCGCUACACCUGCAAAGCGAGUCCGUCACUUUCGCCGAUCUUGAGUCCAAGCUUCCGUCGAAGCUGUUUGACGUGCCCGACGAUGUGCAGUCCAGAAAAUCCGAGCUUCUCCGUGUAUCCUUCGACCUCGGGACGCUCGCUAGUGAUGUAAUAAUGCCCGAGUACCAGUGUAGGCAGAAUGUCAUGCCGCAAGCCAUAGUAUUGCUACGCAAGCUGAAGACACUUGCCGAGACCUCGUCAUUCUAUCUCUAUACGAAUUUCGACGAAGCGAACUAUGCAGCCAUCAAGAGGUUGGGAGAUGUACAGUUGGACGGAUACCCUAUGUUCACUCCUUCUGUCGAUUUGAAAGGAUUUUAUUCCGGAGGCCGUUCGGCCUGCAAGAACUCGUGGCUGGAUCAAGGAUGGUCGGAAGAGCCGAAAACGGAACACAAAAAUACAGACAAGAGGCCAUGCAAGGAUCAGACAGAAAUCUUGAAUCAACUCCAUCCACAACCUCCUCCACCAUAUGAGCCAGAAUCGGUGCUCCCAUCUGCAUGUCUGCCAUUAUACCAAGGCGGGGAGGCGGAAGCCCUAACAGCCAUAGCUUCCGCACCUCGAGCUGUUGUAUCAGCUUUGCCAGCUACAGCACCGUAUUGCAGUGACGUGUCCGCGCCGCAUACAGCAUGUCGAGAUCUCACGCCGGAGGCAUCGCUCUCAUCAAAUUAUACGGCUACUUUCCUGUCAGGCUUCUCAACACAAUCACCACUACAAAGAGUUUAUGAUGUCGUGGCUCGAGAUGCAGCAUUGACUGAAGGGCCACCGCGGCCAUCCGUUCAAGUGGCAGCAUCUAUCUGCGAUCGUGCCUUCUCGCAACAUCCUGAUCUGUCUCGUGCAAACACACCAAGCGGCAGCAGCGACUGUGUUCCUGAUUCAUUGACUCGCAAACGAUCGUCUUCCCAUCCAUUCGAGGAAGGUGUUGACAUCAAUACGAAGCGUCUAGCAGGUGUUCAUCGCGGCCCCCAGGCGCUUUUCAAUGUUGGCUUGCAAGAAGAGCUCUCGCCUACUAUUGCUGACACGAUCGAACCGCACGAAGGCGACACCCCACUGGAAUUCCAGGAUGAUGACCGACCUUCUGGGCGAAGAGACCAGAUGUCGCAAUGGAUCAAUCUUGCCUGGAACCAUUGUUCUACAGCACACUACACUUUCAUCGCUGAAUUACUGCAGUAUGGUGCCGCUCUGUCCAGCAAUCAGUCAGGAGACAUUCUCGCAAAUUGCCAUGUUGAUUGUACACUUGCUCUUCUCGCUCGUUGUGCUAAGCAGCAGAUCGACAAUAGACCCGCUCGUGCCGUAAUCAGGCAUCAUGACGAUGGCGAGAUGAGAGCGCUUCUCAGAUGGCUGUAUACGCUGAAACCGGGCGUUGACAUGGAAAUGUUUCCUGCUUUACUUCAAUUGUCAUUGCUCGACUGGCAGAUUGACUCUAAAAAUCAGACCACUGAAGGUCACGAUGCUCUUGUGACUACAUGCAGGCAACGAAAAGCGCAUAUCGUAGCACAGGCCUGUGUACAAUAUGGCGCAGAGAUUCUACGGAACGGCACAAGCGACAUUGUCACAUCGAUGCUUGGACAGGGAAGGCGCAUUGAGGCCUAGAAGUUCUCGAUUCGUCUAUA